GAAAAAAAGGUUUAAAGGAAAGUACAGACAGCAGUCCAGGCUUAGGCAAUAGUAAACGAGCAUUUCCAUUUAAAACAAGAACAAAUAAUAGAUUUUGUGAAAACAAGGUUUUUCUUGCUGGAAUGAAUAUAUCUGAGUCUAGUUAUUGUAGAGAGGAGAAUUCUCAGCCCAGGGGCGACUGUUCAUGGGUUGCACCCCACAGCCCAGGCUCUGAUCCUGGGCUGGGGUUCAACCAGAGCCUAGUGGGUGAUCCAGGUCCUGUUGCUGCAACCGAGGGUCGAGCUGCCAGCUCCGAGUGUGGACAUCAAUUAAGUGUGAGCCCCGGAAGGUCAGAAGGGAAGUCCGGGGGAGAAUCAAGGAUUCGCCGACCUAUGAAUGCCUUUAUGGUCUGGGCUAAGGAUGAAAGGAAACGCCUGGCUCAACAAAACCCUGAUCUCCACAAUGCUGUCCUGAGCAAAAUGCUAGGCCAAUCUUGGAAAGCUUUGAACACAGCAGAGAAACGUCCCUUUGUGGAGGAGGCUGAGAGACUCAGAGUCCAGCACCUCCAGGAUCACCCCAAUUACAAAUACCGCCCAAGGAGAAAGAAGCAAGCCAAGAAAAUCAAACGGAUGGAGCCGAGCCUCCUUCUUCGUGGCCUUUCCCAGACUUGCGGUGGUGAGAGUUUCAGCAUGAAUCACCAGAAUGGAAGCCAGCUUGGUCAACACCAACUGCCUCCGCUAAACCACUUCAGAGACCUGCACUCUAUGGGGUCAGACUUUGAGAGCUAUGGGCUGCCCACCCCUGAGAUGUCACCUCUUGAUGUGCUGGAGGAGAAUGAUCCUGUCUUUUUUCCACCUCACAUGCGUGAAGAUGUAAACUUGAGCCCUUGGAUUAAUUACCAACCUCAUCAUCUUCAUCAUCAUCAUCAUCAUCAUCAUCAGCAACAGCAACAGCAGCAGCAGCAGCAGCAAAAAGCUUCUGAGUGCCUACAGGAGAAGCCAGAAAUACAACACAUGUCAUAUCCUCAGGGCACAGCCACCAUUGCGGAUGUCAUAAAGUCAUCUCACAGUAGCAGUAUCUACUACAACCAAUUGUUUUCUGGACCUCAGGGUAACUUUACCAGCCAUCUGGGGCAGCUUUCUCCCCCACCUGAUGCUCCCCAGGUUGAAGGUGGAGAACACCUGGAAAUCUGGACAGAAGUUGACUGCAACGAGUUUGAUCAAUAUCUAAACAUGAGCAGGACUCGUCUGGAUGGCUCGAUGCAGGCUUAUAACAUAUCUUUAAACAAGAUGACCCCAAGACACAUAUCCUGUGAGGAGAGCCCAUUGAUAUCCGCACUGUCGGAUGCCAGCAGUGCUGUCUACUACAGCACUUGUAUCACAGGGUAGACGCCACUGUAAGCGUUAGUCUGCAAAAGUAUUUGGGCAAGAGCGUAUCCAAACAGUAAGCUACCAAGAGAAGCAGAAUAUGUUGAAUUUCAGGUCAUCUUUAAGCACUUUUUUUUUUAAAAUGAUCACAGUGGGAGGCUAUAUAUCUGUAAUUAAAAAUAUACAGCCUUACACUUCUGUUACAAGCACCUUACCAAAUACUUUGUGUGACUAAUAUGGAGAGAUUUAACCUGAAGGGAUUCCAAAAUUUCCUCUUUAAGCACUGCUGCCCUAUAGUAUAUCACUUACUAUAUACCAUUUAGGAUACUCAUUAUUUUCUCCCUUACAGUUAUGUUUCUGUUUCCUUAUUAUAAUAAACGGUCGCCUAAUGUGACUCCAUGUAAAAAUUACGACCUUUUACCACUCUGCCUGACGGGUUUCAUCUCUGCCUACAGUGUAAGUGUAGACAAGCAUCCCUCACAUAACCCUUUAUUAGCCUGCCUAAUGUGUUGCCGUAGUGAUUUUUAAAGUGCAAUUCAUUGAUUGUUGAACAAUUGGUAAAAAUGGGCUAAUUCUGGCCUAAAUCUAUUAUAUAAUUGUAUAUGACGUGUUUAUGUAAUCAGAACUUCUUCGAUUUGCAUCACAUGCUUAGUGUUUUAAAAGUGUCGUCUGUGCUCUCAAGGUGAUGAACUUUGCACUCCCUUCCCACUGUCAUGUGAGAGAUCACCUGCUCCACCAACAAAUGACCCCCAGAUCCCCCGGAAACCCUGCAGCACGUUAAUGUCUACCUUAGCUGUUCAGUGGUGUCCUUCAAAAACUGCUCAAGGGACACUGUCUUCUAAGCUUGCCUAACUGGAAUCAACGGGAGCAAAAAACGAGUUUUUACAUUGCAGUAUUAAUUCGGGUGGCUUGGUGGCACGUCAGUGAGCUCUGCUGCCAAACAUGGUCCCUCCCGGGUGUUAUUCAUUUGCAUGUUGUCCUUGAGUUUGUGUGGAAUUCCCUCUGGUAAGUCUGGAUUUCCUUCCAUAUUCCUACAGAUCGCAGGUCAGGUUAAUUGGAGAUUGCAAAUGAACCCAAUGGGUGUGUGCCCUCCGAUAGACUUGCACCCUGUCCAGGGCUGUUACUUGCCUUGUGGAAAGUGCUGACCCCCUGCAGCCCUAAACUGGAAUAACUGUAUUUAAGGAAUGUUAUGUUACUUUGUUAUGUUUUGUUCAGUAUAUUUGCAUUAAACAGACACCAAGAAGCACAAUUAAAAAGUGAAAGUCUUCAUUAGUUAUUUAUGUACAGUUUCAGUUUUUUUCUUUAUGCAUUGAUUUAAAUAUCACAAUUUGUGAAAAUGCUGCCCUUGCAGAGCUUUAAUGUGCCACAUCUAUGUAGGUUUUUAUUCUGGGUUCUCUUGUUAUCCAGCCUCUGCCUGAAAAAAUAAAGCCGGUUUUCUCAUGUUAGAGUGUCCAUGUGGGUAUCUGAAGGCAUCCUGUACAGGGAUGUACCAAUUGCUGCUGGCAUAGUCUCCAACUGCCCUGCAAUUCUGAGCAGGAUAAUGUGGGUACGGAAAACGGAAAAUGUUUUUUUUUUUUAUAUAUUAACAUUUUUAAUGUUUUUUGAGAUGCUCAUUAAAAAAAGGCACAUUUCAAACACCAGAUUGCAUUUGCCUGUUAGGUUUGUCAGCAAUUUUUAUUGUUUUUGUAUAUUUUUUUUUAUCAUUUUGUAACUACAAAUAAACCAAAUAUCAAUCA